CAUCCUUCGAAAUCUGGCAAGGCUGGAUUCCAUUUGCGGGUGUUUGUUGAUUCCUCCUGCUCUCCAUUCAGGAAAUAAGGUAAGGCGGAAUGUGCUUCUCCGAGGGGCAUUACGGUAGCUGAGCUCCCGUCUCGGCGGCUAGCUCCUCCGCAUUGUGUUUCCUAUCCCGGGCAGGUAGGGGAGGCUGGGAAGAGGAGCCGCGUCGUUGGGGGCCUGGGGGGGUGGGAGGCAGCCCCUCUAGGGAAGAAGAAGAAGAAGAAGGCAGGCGGACUUUGCCGUUUGCUGCUGCAAUCCCGGGACGGGGCAGAUCUCGCCUGGCGACCUGGCGCUGCUCCCUCAGCUCCCUGGAACUUUUGCCAGGCAUUGGCGCUGCCUGCUCGGAUGACGCGGCCAACUCAUCCCGGGUUGAAUGCCGGCCGCUUCCAGCACCCCUAGAAGGAAGGAGGAACCCAAGGACGGCGACGGGGAGGAAGGAAAGAUCCGGGUUACACCCGGCAAAAAGCACCGCUGGAAGGGGAGAAGCCCCGCUUGUGAUGAGGAGCCCGCAGGGAGACUUCGGAGCCGAGAGAUCGGCCGAGGCCCUCGGAGAGGCUCCGAUUUAUAAGGGUGCUGCCUGCGGAACUCCCGCCCACACGCCCCGAGCUUCUGGGAGGGACUCUCUGCCAGGCCGAGCCUUCAGCUCAAAAGCCCAGCUGGAAGGUUGGGGAAAGGAGCGCCCGCUUCCAGCUGCCGAGACAGAUCCAGGCUCUCGCUUUACCGCCCCUUUCCCGGGAGAUGGAGGUUCCGGGUAGCGGCGCGGAGCUCCCCCUGCCUCCGGACCUGAAGGAUUUGGAGAUGAAACUCGGGCAGAAACCUCCGGACGGGCUGAUCCGAUGGCUGCGGGGGGACCCCACGGCUCACCUGCUUCGGAACAGCCCGAACCGGGGGCCGCGCCACGGGCUGGGGGAGAAGAUCAAGGCUCUGAAGCUGGAACUGGCCUAUCUAAGAGCAAUAGAUAUCAAGAUCCUCCAUCAACUGGUAGCUGUGAAUGAUGGAAUAGAAGCUGUCAAGUGGUUUCUUGAGGAAAAAGGGAUGCUGACCAGCCACUGUAGCAGCCUUACCAGCAGUCAGUACAGCUUGGUAGAAAGUCAAGAUACAUCCCGACGAGGCAGCUGGAAUAGUCUUCAGGAUCCCAAUGACAAACUGGAUAGUAUAUCUAUUGGUAGUUAUUUGGACACACUAGCUGAUGAUAUGGAUGAAUAUGGACAAAGUUCUUCUGUGGAACCCAUAAUGUCACCUACCUUAGGUAGACCUCUGGGCAGAAGUGAAUUAGAAAGAUCGAAGGCAGAUCUAGAGAGAGUCUUUCUUGCAAAGAUGGACAAAGAGCAAGACAAAAGCAAAACGUAUCCUGAAUGGGCCUCUAGUUUAGUUAAGAGCCAAAGUUUUAACAAGCCAAGUGCACCGGUCCAACUGUCACCACCAAUGGCUAAUGGAAUCUUGGGUAGACAAGUCCCUAAACUAGUACAGAGCCUUGAGGAGAAAUUUACCUCUGCAGCUGCUGAGCAACCAAGCAAAGAGAGUGUAGCAGUAAAGGCCUCCAGGAAGAGCAAAAUUGAUUCAGAAAAUUGCAAGCUCGAUAACAGGAAGCACCUGGAAUAUGAUGGCCAAUGGCAGUGGGCUGAGUCUCAAGAAGAUGUGACAUUUUUGUAGCAUCCAUGACUGGCUGUUUGGAUUAACAUAAAGAGAUUCCAGACUAUAUGCACUAGUCUUUUUGCACCUUGGACUGCAAGCUGUGCUCUCGUUGUCUGAAUGUCUUUUGGUUAGACCAGACAUAUUUGCUGAUGGACAGAACAUAAGUACAUUAGCCAUAUGGCAUUCGUCUUCUAAGAUCUUAAGCCUUUCCCAAGAACGAGGGCAUAUAAAAAUACUGUACACCUUUAUUUGAAAGCCUUUGGCCUACCAAUGCUGCACUUUUGUGCCACAGUUCUAGUUUCUAUGUGAGUGGAGGUGGGUGUAGACUCAUAAGCUGGACUUUCAGCUUUUGGCAAAGCUGUUCACUUGAGUAACACUCAAUCCUACUGCAUGUAACUAAUACUCCCCUAGGAAUAACUGAUUUUUUUUUUAAUGAAAGAAGCCAGAGAAAAUCUUUGAUACUAUAAUCUUUUUAAUCCAUGUUCUUAUUGUUAUUAUUAUUAUUAAUGUCAUAGGAAAUACUGCUUCUUCAUUUGCUUGAUAUUUGAGUUACCUCUUAGGUUUAGGAAAGGAAUGUAGAAAUUCUGCAGAGAAGCCCACACAUCCAUUUACUACACUCAACCAAACUGAAUAUGUCCUUCAUUCUGGUAACCAUGAGAACCAGCCUUCCACCUGAACCUGAAGCUGAGCAAAAUAGUGGGGGAGUCUGUUGGCUUAAUGAAUCUUGAAAAUCCUUGAAGGGCCGAGGCUUAAGCAUUGUGCUGCACUUUUAAAUGACUGCAAGUAACACAAAAGUGCAGCAAAUAUAUAGGGAUAAGGGAUAACCUCUCACACACUUUUCCAUUAGGCUUGAGAAAUAACUGAGAUUUUUGUGGUAUACUUUGGAGGCAAAUUAGGUGCUUUGGGUAAGCCUUUGCCUCUUAAGUUGGAAGCCGGGAUGGAAAAAGGAAUCACUGGUGACCUUGCAUUAGACUAUAAAAGUGCCCUGACUGGUUGUUUCCAUAAUAUCGGCAAACCAACAUUCAUGGGACCCAAGCCAAAACAGCUGUAUGUGCAUUCAAAUUUUGAGUUUCAAUGUCAUAGUUUUAAAUGGCAGCUCUACACUGGCUUUAAAUAUAUAUAUAAAAAUAAAUUUAUAACGAACUGAGGUAUAAUAAUCUCAUUUUGCUCAAUAUAUCUCUCCCCAGGUUAAAGUCAUAGCUCCUGAAAAAGGUAAUAGAAUUGCUGGGUGAAAUUCCCUCAUUGGAAGCUCAUAUUAUUUUGCUCUGUUUCUCAGUCAGACUUUCUGCCCCAUAAAAAAGAUACCAGAGGGAGUAGGAAAACAUGGAAGGUUUAUGCAUAACUUUCCUUUCUUAAUAAAUUCCAGUGAAUUUGUUGUGAUUUUGUAAUAAAAUAUUCAUCUGGAAGCAAUCUUUGUUAGGAUUACAAGGUAAUUCUAAUUUUGAUGGAGAUAAUAUUGCUUGGUGUGAUGGAUUAACAAGAUUAUACAGACCAUGUUUCAUCUC